AUGGCGGCGCAGUUCCGCAGCUACGUGUGGGACCCGGCGCUGAUCGUGGCGCAGAUGGCGCUGCUGCAGGCCGGCUACUACAGCUCCCUGGGGCUCUGGCUCGCCCUCCUCGGCGCCCUCGGCCGCACCGCGCCCUCCCUCCACCAGGUCUUCAGCGACGAGAUUUUAGGCUUCUCGACCCCACCUGGGAGGCUCUCCAUGAUGGCUUUCAUCCUCAACGCACUCACCUGUGCUCUGGGUUUGCUGUACUUCAUCCGACGGGGAAAGCAGUGCCUGGAUUUCACGGUCACGGUUCACUUCUUCCAUCUUCUGGGCUGCUGGAUUUACAACUCACACUUUCCCGCAACUCUAACGUGGUGGCUAGUGCACAUCGUGUGCACGGCACUCAUGGCUGUGAUCGGAGAGUACCUCUGCAUGAGGAUAGAACUGAAAGAAAUCCCACUGAAUUCUGCUCCCAAAUCCAACGUAUAAACUUGCUCUGGCAAAAACAAGUUGCAUUAAGUCAUUGUUUCCAGCACAAGUGCAUCUAACGCCUGAAAAUCGUCACUGAAGAAGCACAGCAGGUCUGUUUAGAGUUUUUUAGACCUUGGUGACUGCAUGAGUAUGAACAUCUCUGCUGUCAUCAUCAGACAACGGGGGAAGGGGGAGCAGAUGUUUAUUUUAUUAACACAAAGCAUUUAACAUGACUGCAUUGCAAGUGCGCUAUUAAACUCUUCAUUCAUGACUGUUAAAAGCCAGGUAGCAAAACUUGAUGCACAAGAAGCAUCUGGAAUUUAAGAAAUGUAGCAGGUCUGUGUUGCCAGAGCUGGGGUAAUGCAAUGGUCAGCGCUUCCUGCAGCAACUGGCACAAUGAGCAGUGGGGCUGGGAGCUGCUGCUUCUAGUUUGUAACCUGUUUGUUCUUCAGUUGUGCUUUGGUUGGGAGGAGAGGGGAAUCAAGGAUGUGAAUAGAUGGGGAAGAAAGAAAAUACUUGUACUUAUCUGAAUCACCAGCUGAGACCCUCAAUAAUCUAUAAUUGUAGAUGGGUUUGGUUGCUGUUUUCAUGUUUAAUACAUAGAGAUAUCAGGCAGCAGUUUGCUGAAGAAACCUUUUGUAAUAAUAAAAUACAAUGUUGCUGUGA